AUGGAAGCUUGCGCACGAGAACCAAUCGUCCCCAGCUCUGAGGUUGGGUCUGUCUUGGAGGGAUCUGUUGGUUUAUCCAAAGAUACCGAGGAGUCGACCUCAUCUUUGAGGCUGCAACAGAUUACAAGUGCACAAGCGGAAAAGGCAGAAGCCAUUCGCAAGGCAUGUGCAUCGCACGAUGUGGAAGCAUUAGCCGUUCACGCAACAUCGGAAGGAGGCUUGCUCAACGAUGGACUCCGACAGAUAGCAUGGCCUGUUUUAUUACGCUGCGACGAGCAAUUACGACAGAUCGAUACGAUCCCGGGUAUCGAAAAUCCACAGCAUGCAGAUGAAGACCAGGUGGAACUUGACGUUAACCGAUCGUUUGUUUACUACCCAAAAGCCUCCGAGGAGGAGAUGUUGAAAAAGAAACAGCAAUUAUCCAAUCUGAUCACUCAAGUCCUGAGGGAGUACCCUAUGCUCUGUUAUUUUCAAGGAUAUCAUGACAUCGUUCAGGUUCUCCUCUUGGUAUUAGGCGAAAAGAAAGCCAUGCCGGCAGUGGCACAGAUAUCUCUUUUCCGCAUAAGAGACUAUAUGCUUCCAUCUCUUUCCCCAGCUGUGAAGCAUCUACACCUCAUACCUGCAAUCAUCGAAACGACAGAUCCCCAACUACGACGACACCUUGGCCAUAUCCAACCGUUUUUCGCUCUCGCAGCCACACUUACACUCUACGCCCAUGACAUCCAAGAGUACAGCAGCAUUGCCAGGCUUUUCGACUUUCUCUUGGCCCGAGAGCCUGUGGUUGCGAUCUAUCUCUUUGCAGCGAUGAUUUUAUCUAGAAAGAAAGAAUUACUUGAAGUACCAGAAGAUGAGCCCGAGAUGCUUCAUUUCAUGCUUUCCAAACUACCAUGCCCGCUUGACUUGGACGGACACAUCCUACACGCAACACAGCUCUUCGAGGAUCACCCGCCAGAGUCUCUGCCGCUUGGAGUGUGGAAAAGCAUUCCCUGGUGCAGUGUGCUCAAAACGUCACGAGAUCCACACCAGAAGUACAACGUCGAAGAUGCAAUGUACCUCUUUGAGAAACAAGCUCAGCAUGUUCGAAACGAAGAGCGCAAGAAACAAGCUCUCGAUUUCUUGUGGAGCCACCGUCGCACCAUGGGCUCUGUGGCGUUGGCGAUCUUGGUUGCCGCUGCAUCUUUCUACAUCCGCAAGAAAGGUCUUGACAGCGGCGGGCCGUCGCGUCGUCGUGAUCGAUCCCCUGGCGGCACGCCGAGCAAGCACACCUGGUGGUCAAUCCACUACUACGAGCGAUUUUUCGACGUCGACACGAACGAGGUCUUCCGCCGUUGUGUGGCUACUUUGUACCCGCGCACCAACUUCCUCGAUGUGCUGGAGGGCAACGCAGACCUGUACGGACCGGUUUGGAUCGCGACUACGGUGGUUGUGAUCCUGUUUUUGACAGGCACAAUCUCGCAAUGGCUGUCGAACAACGACGACAAGCACUUCGAGUAUGAUUUUACCCUGCUGUCGGGCGCGGCUGGUCUGGUCUACGGUUACACUGGUAUUCUGCCAAUUGCACUGUGGGGUGCGCUGCGCUGGUUCGGCAGCUCCACGGCUGACCUUAUUGAGUGCUGGUCUCUGUACGGAUACUCGAAUCUGGUCUGGAUUGGCGUUGCACUGGUUAGCUGGAGUCCACUGAAUGCGCUUAACUGGGCGCUUGUUGGUGUUGGGUUUGCUUGGACGGUCUUUUUCCUUCUGCGGAACUUGUACCCGGUUUUGAACGCUACCGAUGCCAAGGCUAGCAAGAUUCUUUUGAUCUUGGUUGUUGUGCUGCAUGCAGGACUGGCUAUUGCUAUCAAGGUGCUUUUCUUUGCUCACGCGAGCCCGGUCUCAAAGAAGAACAAGGACAAGCCCGAUGAUGACAAGGAUAGCGACAAGCGGGGGAUGAUGUUCAGGGCAUAA